AUGAUUAGAAAAAUCGCAUUCCCCUCUGUUUGCGCUCAAUGCGCACGGAACAGUAGCGUUCGACCCACGACCUUGGGCCUCGAUGGCCUCGGGAAACGAUACACAACCAGCGUCACGAAGACGCAACCGAGCAACGACUCCAACAAUGAUUCCAAGGACGCCGAAGAUGCCAAUACGAAGUCCGAACCGGGGCCUUUGACCCGCCGUCUCGAAGAAGCGACCGAAGAAGCCUUAUUGACAGGCGGGAGGGCUGGACGCCGUGCUGUCGAAGAUGCCGGGUUUUCGGAGGAGCUUAAAGAACGUCUAUUCGCGAAAGUCAAGGAUGCGCAAUUUCGAUCCGAGAACGCGACCGCCUUCGCGGAGGCAGGGAUGCCCACAUCAGCUGGCGUUGGCACCCGACUCGCGGCGACAAGUCAGCCAUGGACUGGCGAAGAAACCACCGAAGAUGCCGUCCUCCGAAUGCUGAACGAUGCGCACAAACCCCUCAACCGAGAGCUCCGUGGCCGACCCAAGCUGCCUGACCUUCAGCCUGUCGAUAUGCGGAUAAGACAACAGCCGAAAGUGAGCGCGGGUCACAGAGCCGCAAGCGCAAGAGAUAAAGCCUCCGUGUAUGCUGGCCUGGGGAUGAAGGAGUUAGAAAAGGGCCUGAGCGAUAAAGAGAAAGAAGCCAGAAGACAACACUUCUGUGAUCGCUUCCAACCGGCUGCUCGCGCUGUUCCAAACACCUUGACGGGCCUGGCUUCCCUCGCGAACGAACGCAUAGAAGACGCGAUUGCGCGAGGACAGUUCAAGAACAUCCCGAGAGGGAAGGGCGUCGAGCGCGAUACGAGAAGCGACAACCCCUUCGUCGAUACGACCGAGUACAUCAUGAACAAGAUGAUCAAACGGCAGGAAAUUGUCCCGCCGUGGAUCGAAAAGCAGCAAGAGAUGGCGAAGGCAGCCCAUGUGUUCCGGGCCCGGUUGCGGAACGACUGGAAACGUCACGCCGCCCGGAUGAUCUCAAGUGAGGGUGGCUCUCUUCAGCAGCAGAUGGAACGCGCGCGUAGAUAUGCGAAAGCCGAAGAGCUGCAUAACCCGCGUAAACGCAAUAUCGACGAGGUCGCGGUGCCCACCAACUCGACCGACGAUAUCGUCAUGGUGAAGAUACGGCAGCAGACGGGACUGGAGUCAGCACUGGCCGAGUCAGAGGCGAAAGCCGGCGAUGAAACCCCUGCGUCUAACGAACUAUUACCACCCCCAUUCCGAGACCCCGAGUGGCUGUCUAUGGAACAAUCAUACAUGGAUCUCUCGAUCAACCACCUCAACACACUUACGCGUUCGUACAACUUGAUGGCCCCCGAGCUGGCGAAGAAGGGGUACUUCUCUCUCGAGCGAGAACUGAAGAACUGCUAUGCUGAUGUCGCGCCCCUGCUCGCGGACACCAUCAAGGACAGGGCUUCUAGACCGCCAAAGCCCCUUGGGGAAGGCAUAGGGGACCGGCCGGGCAGUGUCCUGGAUCGGUUUGGGAGAGGCGGCCAUACGGCAAAGGUCUACGACUCCAGGGCGCCUCACUAUGGGUUCAAGGAGAUGUGGCGGGAUCUCUUCGGUAAGCAGGCUAGUUGA